UGCGAUCGAUCACGAAAAGUUUGUUUUCGCCACGGCCUGUGAAUGCAGAAGCCGGCGACGUACGAGUCACCUAGAUGUCACGCCUAUUGUCCACGCAGUGCCAUCCGCUGGCCGCUGGGUGAGCCGCUACCACGCAUUACCUCACACUUUCAAUAUUGGGUUACGAGAAUUUUUCUUCAAGGUCCUCAUUUAGGAGUAAACACAGCCGGUAUAAAGGCAAAGACAGGCAACAAUAGCACACAGUUGAGGUUCAGUAACUCGUGCGAAAAUGAAUGCACCGGUCAUCGUUUUAUUUUGUAGCAUCGUAGGUUGCGUUGUAAGUUACAAUGUGCAACGGGAACUACUCUACAACAUUGAUCAAAACGACCCCUAUGCCGUUGAAGUAAACCGAAACUUUGGCUAUGAACCAUCGCAACAGUUAUUUUGGGGAAAUGGCGGUAGCAACCAGGUCGGCGGCAACGGCGGACUGUGGUCAAAAAUUACCAACAAAUUCCCCUUCUUGGAAAACAUGUUCGGACGGAUGCAGUUACCAACACAAUAUGGACUACCCAACGUUCAACAGCAGUACGGAGUCCCAAAUAUUCCCCAGCAGUAUAAUUCACCACAGCAGUUUCAACAACAGCAGUAUUAUUCACCACAGCCGUUUCAACAACAGCAGUAUUCUUCUCCACAGCAGUUUCAGCAACAGCAGUAUUAUUCACCGCAACAGUUGCAACCGCAGCAGUAUUUUACACCUCAACAAGGUCAACCGCAGUUCUAUCGCGCACAGUACCAGCAGCAGCUCCUACCAUCUGCUCGUGAUGUUGGGUUUACAGACGACGCUGUGAUUGUAACACCACCCCAAGUACCUAUUUUCCCGCAGCCGGUACCACAACCUGUUCCAGUGCCAGCGCCCGCACCCGCACCCGCACCCGCACCCGCACCUGCACCUGUACCAUCCCCUGAGCCAUCACCUGGGUACAACUAUAACAAACCUCAGUACCGAUUGGAAUUACCUCGCAAAUAAAGUGAACUUAGUAAGUAGGAAAUAAAAUAUGAGCUAAUAGUAAGUAGGUCAUUCUCAUUAAUUGUAAUUAUCCAAUUU